GUCUUCUACACAAAAAGCUUCAGCACCACACCAUCCCACUGCUCCUCUCUCUCUCUCUCUCUCUCUCUCUCUCUCUCAAGAAGACAUAUACCUCAAGAGCUUCAAGAAGACAUACUACAGAGUUCAAAUGCGCGAGUUACACUGAGUGUAACAAAAGAUAGAUGGGUAACUGUGUAUUCAGAGGCUUUGCAACCGUUGAUCAAGUGAUAAAAGUCGUUACAUCCAACGGUGGAGUAAUGGAGCUGUACCCACCCAUCACAGCCGAGUGGAUAACCAACGAAUUCCCGGGCCAUGGCAUUUUCCGUGGUCAUGAUCUCUUAUCGCGGCCACUUCUCCACAACGAAGAGUUAGUCACAGGUGAAUUGUAUUAUCUACUUCCUCUUAAACACCAACGAGGCCGAACUGCAGUGGAAGAAGAUAUCAAGAUGAGCGGUAUCUCUUCAGUGGCUGCACCUUACCGUAUGUCGUUCGAUCAUCAUGGGAUUUGGAGGCGGGCCGAGACGGAGGUUUUUCCGCGAUGUAAUAACGCGGGAGUAUGGAAGGUGAAGCUGGUAAUAAGCCCGGAACAGCUGACGGAAAUCUUGUCACAGGAGGCUCGGACGGAGGCACUGAUCGAGAGCGUGCGGACGGUGGCUAAGUGCGGAAGUGGGUUCCCUUCGGCUGCUAGUUCUGAUCAAUGGAGCCUUUCCAGCAGUAGGAAAGGUUCGUUAGAGAGGAUGGGUUAGAGAGAGAUGGGAAGGGAAGUUUUCUUUUCUUUUGUUGUUAUCGUUGUUGUUGUUGUGGGAAAAGGUAGUUUCACUUCAGGAGGAGCCAUUUUUUAGCUCCAUGUGAUCUUGGGUGUACAUGAACUGAUCAUGAGGUAGGCCACACCAUAGGGCAUAAGCUGAAAAUCACAUUUAUUGGAUGAUCAUGACCAUUCAAACGAUGGAUUUUUGCUUAGUGAAUGUGAGAUUUUGGUUUUCGAGUGGUUAGGAUUGUGCGGGUAGGGUGAUUUUCCGCACAUGGGCUGUCCAUGGUAGUGCCUAGCUCUUGAAGGCUCUGAUCAGGACAUGCAGGCCCCAAGAUUCGGUGGAGCACAACUUUGGGUGCUCCAAAGGUCUAUGCUACCAUUUCUCGUAAUUUUACAUGGCAUUGUUGUCUUAUGUCUAACUUUUUUAUGUAUAAAUACAUAUCAUGGGAUGCAUGUGCA